GGAUCCUACAAGAGUAAAGAGAGAGACACCGGCUCCAUCCAGUUCCACGACCCCGCAAACUGGGGCACCACCGGUACCCUCAACCACAGUACUAGUAAUGGGUGAAACGACAUCCUCCGCCACCAAGACACCAACUACUACAACGGCACAGCCCCCUACCACCAACGCACACACGGCACCACCCCUAACUACCAAGUCUCCCAGUACUCCCAUUGGUGGUUCAAUGCAACCCUCAACCAAGACACCAACUACUCCUGCGCCACUGCCCCCUACCACCACCCUACAAACGGCACCACACCUAACCACCAAGUCUCCCAGUACUCCCAUUGGUGGUUCAUUGCCACCCUUAACCAAGACACCAACUACUCCUGGGCCACUGCCCCCUACCACCACCCUACAAACGGCACCACCCCUAACCACCAAGUCUCCCAGUACUCCCAUUGGUGGUUCAUUGCCACCCUUAACCAAGACACCAACUACUCCUGCGCCACUGCCCCCUACCACCACCCUACAAAUGGCACCACCCCUAACUACCAAGUCUCCAAGUACUCCCAUUGGUGGUUCAAUGCAACCCUCAACCAAGACACCAACUACUCCUGCGCCACUGCCCCCUACCACCCCCCUACAAACGGCACCACCCCUAACCACCAAGUCUCCCAGUACUCCCAUUGGUGGUUCAAUGCAACCCUCAACCAAGACAGCAACUACUCCUGCGCCACUGCCCCCUACCACUACCCUACAAACGGCACCACCCCUAACCACCAAGUCUCCCAGUACUCCCAUUGGUGGUUCAUUGCCACCCUUAACCAAAACAUCAACUACUCCUGCGCCACUGCCCCCUACCACCACCCUACAAAUGGCACCACCCCUAACUACCAAGUCUCCAAGUACUCCCAUUGGUGGUUCAAUGCAACCCUCAACCAAGACACCAACUACUCCUGCGCCACUGCCCCCUACCACCCCCCUACAAACGGCACCACCCCUUACCACCAAGUCUCCCAGUACUCCCAUUGGUGGUUCAAUGCAACCCUCAACCAAGACACCAACUACUCCUGCGCCACUGCCCCCUACCACCACCCUACAAACGGCACCACCACUCCCAACCACCAAGGCACCGACUACUCCACCUUCACUGCCCCCUACGACUACCAUAUCAACCACCUCGCCACCAACUGCUCCACCAUCUAUCCGAACCACCAAGGCACCAACUACCAAGAUACCAUCCACUGGAGCACCCCCAACCACUAAAACACCAACAACAAUUUCUCCACCAACAAAGACACCGGAUCCAGAGAAAAACAAUGUCCACGCAAAUGAAACUGAUGAUCAUUGUACAUGCAGCAUUCGUGGACCUGAUAUAACAGAGGAAUCGAUAUGCUACAUUGAGAGAGAUUUCAUAG